UCUUCGUCUUCCUCCCCCACCCUUCUUCUUCUUCCCUCUUGAUUCUUCUACCCCUCCCCCGAUUUCUCGCUGUCAGAUUCACCCCUUUUUUUCUCCAAUCUCGCUCUCCCUAGAUUCCGGAAUAAUCCGCACAAGGCUUGGCUUAGUAAUCGUCCGCCAUGAGUUCCAAUACGGCGUCGUCCAGCGCGGGGGUAGCCGGAUCGGGAGAUUCUUCCGCCGCCAGGAAGAAUUCGAAGCGACCCAAGUAUUCCAAGUUCACACAGCAGGAGCUUCCAGCUUGCAAGCCCAUUCUCACACCUGGUUGGGUCAUUUCGACAUUUUUGAUAGUCAGUGUUAUCUUUAUUCCCCUUGGUGUUAUCUCCCUUUUCGCUUCUCAGGAUGUUGUGGAGAUCGUUGAUCGGUAUGAUACUGAGUGCAUUCCGACACCUGCUAGGACUAACAAGAUUGCAUAUAUUCAAGGAGGUGGAGAUAAAGUCUGCACCCGAGAACUUAAAGUGCCAAAGCGUAUGAAGCAGCCUGUCUAUGUUUAUUACCAGCUUGAGAACUUCUACCAGAAUCACCGAAGGUAUGUAAAAAGCCGAAGUGAUUCACAGUUGAGAAGUCCAAAAUACGAGAAUCAAAUAAGCGCAUGCAAGCCUGAGGAUGAUGUUGGUGGGCAGCCAAUUGUGCCGUGCGGUCUAAUUGCUUGGAGUCUUUUUAAUGACACCUAUGCAUUAUCAAGAAACAAUGUAAGCCUAGCUGUAAACAAAAAAGGCAUUGCAUGGAACAGUGACAAGGAACACAAGUUUGGGAACAAGGUCUUCCCCAAGAAUUUUCAGAAGGGGAAUCUCACAGGUGGUGCUACUUUAGAUCCAAAAAUACCGCUUAGUGAACAAGAAGAUCUCAUCGUGUGGAUGAGAACCGCAGCAUUGCCAACAUUUAGAAAACUUUACGGAAAGAUAGAGUCUGACCUCGAGAUGGGUGACACCAUACAUGUUACACUGAAUAACAACUACAACACUUACAGUUUCAAUGGGAAGAAGAAGCUUGUUUUGUCAACCACGAGUUGGCUGGGUGGGAAGAACGAUUUCCUCGGUAUUGCUUACCUGACAGUCGGCGGAAUUUGUUUCUUUUUGGCCCUCGCAUUUACCAUCAUGUACCUUGUGAAACCCAGGCGACUUGGAGAUCCAUCAUACUUGUCAUGGAAUAGAAAUCCCGGAGGUAGGUAAUAUAACAAACAAGCUUGGAGAGGGAGGAAGAGAGAGAGAGAGAGAGAGAGAGAGAGAGAGAGAGAGAGAGAGAGAGAGAGAGAGAGAGAGAGAACUCUAAUCUGCGUGUGUAAAUCUUAUCCAUCCAUGUUUACAUACAAUGUAAUCCUUGCUUGCAAAAUAGUUUCUUCGGUGAGAGCUUAAACAUAAACUCCACAUAAUA